AUGGCGCGACCGUUCAAGAAGGUGAUCAUCGUAGGUGGCGGGCCAUCAGGCCUCCUGCUCGCCCUCCUGCUUUCCAAGCACGGCAUCCCCGUCGAGAUCAUCGAAGCGUCGCACGAGCUCGACAAGCAGCCCCGCGCCGCCGUAUAUGGGUCGGCCGCGAUCCCCGACCUCAAGCGCGCGGGCAUCAUCGACGAAAUCCACCGGCGGGGGCUGAGCCCGACGUCGGUGUGCUGGCGCCGGUUUGAGGACCACAGCCGGAUCACGGGCAUGGACGGUGACGCGCUAAGUGACGUCGAUGGUAAGGAUCUGCGCAUGGCAUGUUUGGUGUUGGAUCAACUCGACCGGCUGAUGCUUGAGGAGUUCUUGGGCAAGUAUGGGGGCGUGGUGCAUUGGAAACACAGGGUCACGGGGACGGGCCAGGAUGAGAAUCAGGCAUGGGUAGAUGUUGAGACUGCGGAGGGGAAAACGAAGAUUUACGGUGACUACGUUGUGGGGUGUGAUGGCGCAACCAGUCAAGUCCGGAAGUCACUGUUUGGCGACGGCAUCCCUGGGUUUACAUGGGAUAGACAGAUAGUGUCUUCCAAUGUGUACUACGACUUUCCGAAGUACGGGUUCGAAGACUGCAGCUUCACUAUUCACCCAGAGCACUUCUACAUGGCUGCGAAGAUCACCCCUGAUGGGCUCUAUCGAGUAACCUACGGCGAGAGCCCGGGCCUGAGCUGGGAAGAAAUGAAGCAGCGCCAGGGGUGGAAGUACGAGCUGAUGCUCCCCGGCCACCCGAAGCCGGGCGACUACAAGCUGGUCAACAUGACGCCGUACAAGAUGCACCAGCGCUGCGCGAAAUCCUUCCGGGAGGGCCGCAUCCUGCUCGCAGCCGACGCGGCGCACCUGUGCAAUCCGUGGGGCGGCAUGGACAUCACGGGCGGCUUCGUCGACGUCGGCGGCCUGUACGACUGCCUGGCCGGCAUCUGGGACGGCCGGACCGACGAGUCGAUUUUGAUAUUGUAUAGCCAGAAGAGGAUCGAGAGGUGGCAGACGGUCAUCAACCCCGUGUCGUGUGACAACUUCAGGCGUGUCUCGGAUAGCGACCCUGACACGCUUAUGGAUAGAGACCCGAUCCUACAGGCGUGCGUAAGGGCAGAGAACGACGAGGCGAUGCAGCGGGAUCUGCAUAUGGCCUCGUUUGCGCUCCGGUACGACUUCACGCAGCACUACAAGGCUUGA